AAACGUUACUUAGGGACACAGAAACGUUACUUAGGGACACAGAAACGUUACUCAGGGACACAGAAACGUUACUCAGGGCCACAGAAACGUUACUUAGGGACACAGAAAUGUUACUCAGGGCCACAGAAUCGUUACUUAGGGCCACAGAAACGUUACUCGGGGACACAGAAACGUUACUCAGGGCCACAGAAUCGUUACUUAGGGCCACAGAAUCGUUACUUAGGGACACAGAAACGUUACUUAGGGACACAGAAUUGUUACUCAGGGACAGACACUGAAUUGUUACUCAGGGACAGACACAGAAUUGUUACUGAGGGACACAGAAUUGUUACUGAGGGACAACACAGAAUUGUUACUCAGGGACAGACA